GAGCUGCAGAGAGAGGAAGAGAGAGAGGGGGAGGAGGAGAGACAAACACAAAGCUCAGUGUCAGUGACAAGAAGUGAGAGUGGAGGGACUGGAAGAGCGCUGAGGAAAAGGAACAAAAUAAAGAACAUAAAAGGACACUCGACAGCUUCGCUGAUGACCACCAGCCAUCUUUAAAAACCUUUUCUGUUCUUGAGAGCGAGAGUAAAGUGAACUCAUCACCGCGAUGAAGCCGUGGACUCGACUCUGCUUCCUCGUUCUAGCAUUUUCGUUGCUUUGCAGAGGACAAACUGAAACCACUGUUUCAUCAGAUCUCACCAAGUUGGCAGGAGACGGACCACAUCUGACAUCGGCGAACGAUAUCAAACACGAACCCACCCUCCCCACGCCAUGGCCCCCCUCUGCUGCUCAGAAUCAAUCAACAGCGAAUGCAACCAGCUGGCCUCCAACGGCCUCAAAGGAAAAAACCUUGAAAACAAUAGAGGAAGUCAAUGGCAGCACGGUAGCUCUGACGACGGCCUCAGGCGCCGCGCCAGGAAGCGAGACGGAGGGUGACAAAGUUGACGCACCGGUUUCUACAGCGACAACCGCUACCUCAGCAAAGCCAGCAUUGACUGAUGAACAGGAUCAAUCGUCCUGGGGUUAUGUGAUCCUGGUUUUCAUGAUCUUGAUGAUCAUUGCUCUGUCUGUCAUCCUCUACUUACUCAGGAGAGCCGCCAGGACGUAUUCGUUUGACCUCCAGCGUCCCACACCUGUCGACCAUCUCAACGAGCCCACUGGCACCUUUGAGCAAGUCUACCUGGACGACCUGGCUCGACCAGCACCCGAUGAUGAUCAGGUGACCAGAGAUGACCUUUCACCUCCUCCAGUAGCCAAUGGUACAACUCUACAGCCUGAGGAAAAGGGCUCCAAUGGAGAGAACGCUCCACAGGCACAGCCAGAGCCAAACGGCGUGGAGUCUUCGCUCAGCGGUACAACCAGUCCCUCACCGGGGGACGACCCAGCCGACAGGACAUCAGGUCCGCUGAGCAGCACCGACAUGCUCUUGGAUGCCAUUGGGGACGAGCAGCAGAAUGAGAACAACAACAACCCAUCGGUUUGCUCCAGUGACCCGUUCGUUGAGAUUAACCUUGAUGACCCGGCGUGGUGCGACCAGCUGCUCACCUCCCCUGCAGCUCCUUCCUCGGUCCUCCCCUUCUCUCCUUUCUCCUUCUCCUCUUCCUCCACCUCCUCCUCAUCUUAGCACCGUCACCAGGAGAUCCAGUGAAACCUUCCCGUCCGCCCGCACUCCGUCAGUGAGUCUGAACUGACGCGGUGUGUUGUUGUGGUGUGUUUGGAUGAGAGCUCCGGUCCUCAGGUGUGCAGUCAGCUCAGGUGACGUGAACCAAGCUAACCGUUAGCUGGUUAAGCUGACCAGCCAGCCGGAGGAGCCUCCAUCUUUUCCACCGUAUUUCUCAAACUAUAUGACCCCUGCAUUUCUGUGACAAAAUGUUUAAAGUGCCAGUUACUGUAAAUAUGUUUUCCAAAGGCCUCCCACAAAGCAAGGUGUGAGCAGGUGAUUUCUGUACGACGUGCGUUCACGCACAAUUCAAAUGGAAGUUAAACUGUUUCACGGUGUGUUUGUGCGUUUUAAGAGUUUUUUGACUUACAUUUUUUCACUUUUUUUGUAGAAAACGCUGUACAGGAAAUGAAUAAAAAGGCGCAUUUCA